AUGACGGACUACCCAGCGCUAAACGAUGAUGCUGCGAGUCCCUUCGACUCGUUGGCCAGAGCCAAGGCGAUACUCCGGCAGAGCACCGAGCGGGCCGUAAUGGAACGCCGUCGCAAGGAGCAGCAACGUGGGCUCCAGAGCUCCAUGUUGGAGUACACCGAGCACGCUAGGAGUGUCCGGAAGUCACACCUAGAGCAGGACGCACGACGGGGCAGUCUGAUGAGAGACCCGGCUUUCGCUGCUCGACUCGAGGCAGCGCUGGAUGUUACACCCCGUAAGGGACGCUCCCCCGUCCGGACUACCGACGGCGAGCUGCGGAGACUCUACGGAAAUCUGAGCGAGGAGAAGAUAAAAGCUCUCGAAGAGAAGCACCUACCGGAAAUACUGCACCAGAAAACAACAACCCGGCCGCUGCCGGGAAAACAGCGAGGGGAAGGAACGGACUUCUGGGACAUUGUGACGAAAGAUGGGAACGUAAAGAGGAUAGUGGUCCUCCGUGCUGAUGAUGAGUUUGUUAACACGCGAUGCCGUAAGCCUGGGGACGAUGGUGCCUCCUCACGCACCACCGCAGGUAACGCUACCGACGGUUUCAUGAGUUACAGGACCGAUGACCCAAACUUUAAGAGCAACGCGCUCGGGAAAGAUCAUAGAGUGAUAUUACCUAUAACUGACGAGACCAGAAACAUUUCUGCCGUGCAAGACCCGACACCCGAACAGAUAGUUAAGAAACCGGUUAUUAGGAUAGAGGUGUCGAUUCCAAGGAUGGAGUUUGAAACACCGAGUCCCGAUCCGUCUGAACCCGAAGAUGGGGGAGGUGGACUUCGGCAAACUUCGGACUUGAGGCUUACCCAAGAAUGUUCACACUCCGAGUUGAGAACUCAAGAAGCUGCGAUGGAUAGUAACGCUUCCAAUGGACGGGGCCAACAUGGGAAUAAGAGGGGCUUUCUUGAUUUUCAAAGUUCAAAACUUCAGCAUGAAAACUCUAUGUCAGUAGAUGGGGGUUGUUCGUCAUUGCACACUGUACUUAAGAUGCCGUCACAAACAUUCCCGGUCGACGCUCCCAGAAGGGAAUUGACACACGGAGAACCGCUUGGAACCAUAGACGCCGCCAACGGCCAACAUCAUAAGACUGAUGUCCAGAUGCACGAGUUAUCCCAGAGUUCUAUCUCACUGGAUGAUACGUUAUCUUACCACAGAGGUUUCACGGUCAACACUAGCGUGCAGACCUUGCCUUCAAGGAUGGAAGGAAUUCUGAAGAAUGCCAUGAGCUCUGCUCAACGCGGAGGACCUAGUCGGCCGAGCGAGUCGAUGGGGGGAGCCGACGCGGAGACCCCGGGAGCGUUCACCUGUCGACACGGUCAGUUGGUGGCAACGUGCACCACUUGCCGGACUGUGGAUGAAAUCCAGAGACGGUUGAAGACCAACCACUUCCGAAGGCAGAUGAGACAGAGUUUCCAGUGGAACCUUCAGGCGGGGACGGCACUCAGCAACAGCUCGCGGUGGGAUGGGGGUGGAUCCGGUAAGAUCAACCUCGUUCCCCGAUUGAAAGAAAUGCGGGCGCAGAAGAAGAAGUCGAGUGCCGUACUUUAUAGGCAGAGGAAAUCGGGUAAAGCGAGAUCAGGUGUACAGAACGCUACCGGCAGUUUCAUGAAGAGGUCUGUGAUGGAACGAUCGGCAGCAAACAGCAGUCUGCUGAAGAAUAGUUCUAAUGAAAGUUUGGGCGCGAAGAAAUCAGUUCGUUUCUCUGACGAGAAUGUUUACCAUCGGAUGACGGGGUACUAUCCGACGAAAGACGCAGAGAACGUUGUUUCAGCAUCGUGA